AUGGCUGCUGCCCUCAUUGUAGCUAGCCUUUUUCGACAAGGCCACAGAAGCCCUCCUCGACGAGGCCAAAGCACUGGCAAAGGAGCCAAGCCACAUAUGGAGGAUAUCUUUUGGGGUUUUACGCUGGGCCUGAGGAGGAGGAGUGCUGUCGCAAUGGAAGCACUCUCCCAGGCACUCCUAGAGGAGAAGGAGGAGGAGGAGGAGGAGGAGGAGGAGGAGAUGCUGCUGCUGCUGCUGCUGGCUGUGGUCCGUCGAUGCCGUCGCCAUGCUGCUCGAGCUCGAGGAGCUGCCAUCCGCCGCUAUCGUCGUGUUGCUCAUACUCCUGUGGACGGAGAAUGUCACUCCGUAAUCUUCCUGGUAUAAAACCACAGUGGCGAUGGAAUCAAAAAAAAUGGGAAGUUAAGUCGACAAGCAGGAGGCGGUGGAAUUGAUUGUACAUUAAAUGAGAUACUAAGAUACACUAUUGCAGGGGAUGCGGUAACAUAGGAUGGGGACAGGUUGUAUGGUUUAGGGAUGGGUAUAGACUAGAAAGAUGGCUAGGUUAUGAUUAACAUAUGUAUUCUUGCAAAAU